AACGCACAUCUCUGCAUGUCUACCAACUAGGCCCGUGGAUCUGCCCAGAGCAGACGAUAAAGGGAAUGACCCGAUACACACUCUCUCCGUGCUGCCAACUUCUGCAUACCCAGUGUUCCCAGGCAACACACAUUCGCAUACAUGAAAGAGAGUGAUCGCCUUUUAAUCAAAAAGUGCACCAAAAGUCGAUUCUUUUCGCGAAUGUUUAGAGCCAUCAAAAGGUGGGUUAGAAAAUGCACCAAUUCGGCACCUGAUCGGGCGAAACGGUGUCAGCUGGUCAGCUGACGGUGGUGUCACGUUGGUGUUCUGAAGCUGAAGUUAUCGAGAUCGAGUUUCGCCUCCCAAUAUGAGUUCCCGCGCUCGGUACCGUCGCUCGCGAAAAAAAGGAUUUUUGCACCUUCGCCAACGGUGUUUUUCGUUAAUAAUACUUUAAAAAUCGUUCGAAAUAGAAGUAACUACCGUCGCGAUAAGUGAAAACUCGUGUGUCAGUGCUCUAGUGUGGUCGGUGCUCAAGAUCCGUUGGACCUAACCUCGGAGGUGCGGCGAUGCCCGAGUUUGCAGAUGUCAAGAGUGAUGUACGUGCCCGUGGCCAAGUCGGUUGGCUGCUGCCAGUCGGCGGCGUGCUCGUGGGUGAUGCGGGGGAAUAGCCUCGGCGGCUGGAGAGGUCGGGUCCUUAUCACCGGGGCCAACAUGGUGCCGCUCUGCGACGAGGCGAGCCGUCAGUCGUGUCCGGCUGAACGAGGCGACACCAAGAGGUCCCCGCAGCACCAGUCAAGGAGGGACACGCCAUGCCGACGCACGGGUGCAACUCCCCGCGCCUCCCCGCGCACCUGCUCCAGAUGUUGUCCAGCGCGGUGCUGGCCGCCGUGCUGCUGCUGCCGGUCGCCCUGGCCGCGCUCUGCACCUGCCCGUCGUCACCUACCUCCGGGGACUCCCCCGUGUGUGGCAGUGACGGCCGAACCUACGCUAGCUCGUGCGAGCUGCAGUGCGCCGGCCUGCCCGGACUCUCAGCCGCCCACCUGGGACCGUGCAACACGACGGUGGUCGCCAGCCGCCGCCGCCGCUACACCGUGGAGUACCCGGAGUGGGAUAAAUGUUUCGACGACCGGCAGUGCGCUGAAGAGAACUGCAGCGAGUGCGCCGCGGACGACUUGAAGUGCAGGAGGCUGUGCGGCUGGAACUGCGCGUGCGGGUGCGCGGGGCUGCCGACGGGCGGGCUGGACUGGGACUCGAACGAGCGGUGGUGGAAGUGCUACCAGGAGAGGGAGUGCACCGAGAGUAAAAGCGAUGAGUGUAAGAAGAACUGUGGUGGCUAUCAGUUCUGUAGGAACUUGUGCCACAUGGAGUGGACAAGGUGCGUCUGCGGCUGCAUCCAGCACGUGGCGGACACCAGGACAAGUACCACCACAGCGCCUACAAGUACCACCGCAGCGCCUACCACCAGUACCACCGCAGCGCCAACCACAAGUACCACCAGAGCGCCUACCACAAGUACCACCACAGCGCCCACCACAGCGCCAACCACAAGUACCACCAGAGCGCCUACUAGUAUCACCACACCGCCUACCACAAGCACCACCACAGAGCCUACGACAAGUACGACCACCCCGCCUGCGACGAGCAGCAGCGCCACUGCCGCAACGAACAGCACCUUGACCACCAGUGCCACGGCCCCGGGACCUGCGGCCGGCGUCACCGCCGCGACGGAGUAUCGCGCCGACCAGCAGGCCGGGUCAGCUGGGCCCGCCGUGUCGGUGAACUUGACGUGGGGCUCUGGGCUCGUGCUCGUGCUCGUUCUCGUGUGCGUGAGCGUUUGCGUGUGCCUGCUCGUGUGUGUGAGCGUGUGCGUGCUGGUGCGCUGGCGCCCCUCGGUGGUCUGCUGCCCGCUGGGAGGCGACCAGAGACUGACCGCGCUGUGCCGGGUGGGACCGCCCGCCGCGGAGAGGACCCCGACCAAAGAGACCAACCGCGAUGACGUCGAGCUGAACUCUUACCUCCAGCAUGACGCCUAGCCUAGAUCAGCACCUGCAAAGUUUAUGAAAGGGAAACAUAUUUUAGUCAGAAAGGAGGGACAAAAACUACAAAAACAAGAAUUUCAAAGAAUGUUUUGCAAAAAUUCUGAUACCAUCAAAAUUUAAUAAAUUUGUAAUUUUUAUCACCU